AUGGCCGGAUGGGCACCUCGACGUGUGUCUUGCAACAUUAAUUGCGCAAAUCUAUCUAUCUAUCUACCUAUCUAUCUAAGUCUGUUCAAAUCUAUCUAUCCCGGCAUGUUCAUCUAUCUCAUUCUGUUCAUAUCUAUCUAUCUAUCUAUCUAUCUAUCUAUCUAUCUAUCUAUCUAUCUAUCUAUCUAUCUAUCUAUCUCAUUCUGUUCAUAUCUAUCUAUCUAUCUAUCUAUCUAUCUAUCUAUCUAUCUAUCUAAGACCCGUGUUGCAGCAAGAUACGUGCUUGAACACGUGAUAUUUUUUGUUUGUUUCUUUAUUUCUAUCUAUCUAUCUAUCUAUCUAUCUAUCUAUCUAUCUAUCUGUCUCAUCUGUUCAAAUCUAUCUAUCGCAGUAUGUUCAUCUAUCUCAUUCUCUUCAUAUCUAUCUAUCUAUCUAUCUAUCUAUCUAUCUAUCUAUCUAUCUAUCUGUUUUCUUCUCUCUCUUUAUCCUUCUCUCUCUUGA